AUGCUGCGCCUGCCCCUCCUCCUGUACCACCUGUGGAUCAUCAGCCCCGCAGGGCGCGCCGCGGUGGCCCACAGCCGCUGGCCCUGGCUGCUGCGCCGCCUCCCGCUGUGGCGCGGCUUUCUCACCUACUUCCCCGGGUCCCGCAUCGUCAAGACAGCAGACCUGGACCCGCAGCGGCGCUACAUCUUUGCGGGCCACCCGCAUGGCCUGCUGGGAAACUGCUACUUCCUGGCCUUCUGCACCGACGUGCUGGACUUCAGGCAGCUCUACCCGGGCAUCAGGCUGAGCAUCGGCGUGCUGGACCUCAACCUCUGCGUCUCCUUCUGCCGCGAGAUCUGCCUGCUCUUUGGCCUGUGCGACGUGGACCGCCACACCCUGCUGGCCCGGCUGAGGCAGGGCCCCGGCUCGGCCGUGUUCCUGGCUGUGGGCGGCGCCGCAGAGUCGCUGCUGACUCAGCCCGGCACCAUGGACCUUGUGCUGAAGCGGCGCAAGGGGUUUGUGCGGGUGGCGCUGGAGGCGGGGGCCGACCUGGUGCCGGUGCUGGCCUUUGGCGAGAACGAGGUGUACCAGCGCUCUCAGCUGGUGCCUGGCUCCCUGGCAGACAGGAUGCAGACGGCCACCAAACAGAUCUGUGGCUUCACAGUACCGCGCGGCUACGGGCGCGGCAUCCUGAACUUGAAGAGCGGCCCGCUGCCCGAGCGCCGCCCGCUGGUCACCGUGAUCGGCGAGCCCCUGCGCGACCUGCGCAGCGAGGAUGGGCGGGCAGUGGUGGAGGAGUGCCACGCACGCUACUGCGCGGCGCUGCAAGCACUCUAUGACAAGUACAAGGACGAGUUCGCCCCAAGCAGGGUGCGGGACAUGAGGUUUGUGGAGUAA